AUGGACCAAGGGGAACCCGAACCCAAAUCCCAGUCCCUUCCAACACCACCGGCUCCUGGACCCCUGUCCCUCCAGGUGCCCCUGCUCCUUCUCCCUUCCCCUUUCUCUUCGGGAUCUCCCCAGGUUGCUGCCCUGAGCGUCUCCAUCCGCAGCGGGGAGCUCCGAGGUCUCCCUCCUUUGCCUCUGCUUGAGCAGCUUUCCAAAGGGCCCGGCUUCCCCAUGGAUCGCGCUCCGGAGCACGAGCACUGCCAGGAGACUCUCUGCACUGGCAAUGGGAAGGUGCCGAGCAAACCCUGUCUGCGCUGGAAUCCGCCGCUGAAGCCAAGGAAGGCGCCGCUCGGGAAGAGCCCAGGGCUGCGGGACCAGCGGGAGCAGCAGCAGCAUCUUGCUGGAAAGAGGCUGCUGGGUCCUUGCAUUUCCAGCCCUGUUGAGCCCGGCCGGGUGCAGGGCUCCGCUGGCAGGAGUCGGCUGUGGGAUAACAGGACAGGGGCUGAAUCCAGCGGGAAGCGGCCGGCAGGAGCCUCGACGCGCCGGUUCCUGGAGCCUGAGGGACAAACGCUGCUCCCGGAGGGUCCCUGGUGCCCGGCCGGGCCGCGGGAGGAACCGGGCCCGGAGCAGGGCCGUUCCCGCAGCCACGCGCUCCUCCGCCGGCUCCGUGCGCGGGACGCCGGCGGUUCUGGUUUCAGGAGCCGGAAACCUGCCGGGUCUGGAAUAGAUCAUUGA